UCCCAGGAAUAUCCGUUCGUCAGUUUGGAAACAUCACAGAGAAAUCCGGUUCUGCACAAGCCCCUCCCCCCCACAUAAUCUGAAGCCAUGAGUUCGGACGCGGAGAUGGCGGUUUACGGGGUGGCUGCGCCGUACCUCAGGAAGACGGAGAAGGAGCGCAUUGAGUCGCAGAACAAACCGUUCGAUGCCAAGACCUCGGUCUUCGUGGUGGACGUCAAGGAGGCCUAUGUGAAGGGCGUGCUGGGCGGCAAGGAGGGCGGGAAGGCGACUGUGAAGACUGAGGGCGGGCAGACCCUGACAGUGAAGGACGACCAGAUUUUCCCCAUGAACCCCCCGAAGUACGACAAGAUUGAAGACAUGGCCAUGAUGACCCACCUGAACGAGCCCGCUGUCCUGUAUAACCUCAAAGAGCGUUACGCAGCCUGGAUGAUCUACACCUACUCCGGACUCUUCUGUGUCACCGUCAACCCCUACAAGUGGCUCCCCGUGUACAACCCCGAGGUGGUCGCUGGAUACAGAGGGAAGAAGCGUCAGGAGGCUCCGCCCCACAUCUUCUCCAUCUCUGACAACGGCUAUCAGGCCAUGCUGACUGACCGCGAGAACCAGUCCAUCCUCAUCACCGGAGAAUCCGGUGCCGGGAAGACUGUGAACACCAAACGUGUCAUCCAGUAUUUCGCAACAAUUGCCGCUGCUGGUGACAAAAAGAAGGAAGAGGCAACAUCAAAGAGCAAGGGGACUCUGGAGGAUCAGAUCAUUCAGGCCAACCCGCUGCUGGAGGCCUUCGGGAACGCCAAGACCGUCAGGAACGACAACUCUUCCCGCUUUGGGAAAUUCAUCAGGAUCCACUUCGCCACCAAUGGAAAGCUGGCCUCCGCCGACAUCGAGACAUACCUGCUGGAGAAAUCCAGAGUCACCUUCCAACUGAAGGCGGAGAGGAGCUACCACAUCUUCUACCAGAUUUGUUCCAACAAGAAGCCGGAGCUGAUCGAAAUGCUGCUGAUCACCACCAACCCUUAUGACUUUCCGUUCGUCAGCAUGGGGGAGAUCACCGUGGCCAGCAUUGACGAUGCCGAUGAGUUGAUGGCCACUGAUAGCGCCAUCGACAUCCUGGGCUUCACCCAAGACGAGAAGGUUUGCAUCUACAAGCUGACCGGCGCCGUCAUGCACUAUGGAAACAUGAGGUUCAAGCAGAAGCAAAGAGAGGAGCAGGCUGAGCCCGAUUGCACAGAGGUUGCCGAUAAGGCCGCCUACCUGAUGUGCCUGAACUCUUCCGAUCUUCUGAAGGCUUUGUGCUACCCCAGGGUCAAAGUUGGAAAUGAAUAUGUCACCAAAGGGCAGACUGUGCAGCAGGUCACCAACUCUGUUGGGGCAUUGGCCAAAGCAGUCUAUGAGAAGAUGUUCUCGUGGAUGGUCACACGUAUCAAUGAGAUGUUGGACACCAAGCAGCCUAGGCAGUUCUUCAUUGGGGUGCUGGAUAUUGCUGGAUUUGAAAUCUUUGAUUACAACAGCUUGGAGCAGCUUUGCAUUAACUUCACCAAUGAGAAGCUGCAACAGUUCUUCAACCACCACAUGUUUGUGCUGGAACAAGAGGAGUACAAGAAGGAAGGUAUCGACUGGGAGUUCAUUGACUUCGGCAUGGACUUGGCCGCCUGCAUUGAGCUUAUUGAGAAGCCAAUGGGCAUCUUCUCCAUCCUGGAAGAGGAGUGCAUGUUCCCCAAGGCAACAGACACUUCCUUCAAGAACAAGCUUUAUGAUCAACAUUUGGGCAAGUCCAACAACUUCCAGAAACCCAAACCAGCCAAAGGCAAAGCCGAGGCUCACUUCUCCCUGGUCCACUAUGCCGGAACCGUGGACUACAACAUCACUGGCUGGCUGGAGAAGAACAAGGACCCGCUGAAUGAGACCGUCAUUGGGCUCUACCAGAAGUCUUCCAUGAAGACCUUGGCCUUCCUCUUCUCCAGCUAUUCUGCUACUGAAGCAGAGGGUGGAUCAAAGAAGGGCAGUAAGAAGAAGGGUUCCUCUUUCCAGACCGUGUCUUGUCUCUUCAGGGAAAAUUUGAACAAACUGAUGAGCAAUCUUAGGACAACACAUCCUCACUUUGUACGGUGCCUCAUCCCCAAUGAGACCAAAACACCAGGUGCCAUGGAACAUGCACUGGUCCUGCAUCAGCUGAGGUGCAACGGAGUGCUGGAGGGCAUCAGGAUUUGCAGAAAAGGUUUCCCAAGCAGAAUCCUUUAUGGUGACUUCAAGCAGAGGUACAAAAUCUUAAAUGCAAGCGCCAUUCCGGAAGGUCAAUUUAUCGACAGUAAGAAGGCUUCUGAGAAGCUUCUUGGAUCCAUUGAUGUUGACCACACGCAAUACAGAUUUGGUCACACCAAGGUGUUCUUCAAAGCCGGCAUUUUGGGUGAACUGGAAGAGAUGCGAGACGAUCGUUUGGCCCACAUCAUCACGCGUACUCAAGCUAGAUGCAGAGGAUAUCUGAUGAGGUUGGAGUUCAAGAGGAUGAUGGAAAGGAGGGAAGCUUUGUUUACCAUUCAGUACAACAUCCGAUCAUUCAUGAAUGUCAAGCAUUGGCCAUGGAUGAAGCUCUACUUCAAGAUCAAGCCGCUGCUGAAGAGCGCAGAAUCUGAGAAGGAAAUGGCCAACAUGAAGGAAGAGUUCGAGAAGACAAAGGAGGCUCUGGUCAAGUCAGAGGCAAGGAGGAAAGAGCUUGAAGAAAAGAUGGUUAAAGUUCUCCAAGAGAAAAAUGACCUUCACCUUCAAGUCCAGUCUGAAACAGAGAAUUUAACAGAUGCUGAGGAGAGAUGCGAUCAGCUGAUCAAAACCAAGAUCCAGUUGGAGGCCAAGAUUAAGGAGCUGAAUGAGAGGCUGGAGGACGAGGAGGAAUCAAACGCCGAGCUGACUGCCAAGAAGAGGAAACUGGAGGAUGAGUGUUCUGAGCUGAAGAAGGACAUUGAUGACUUAGAGCUGACUCUGGCCAAGGUGGAGAAGGAGAAGCAUGCCACAGAAAACAAGGUAAAAAACCUGACAGAGGAAAUGGCUGUUCUCGACGAGAGCAUUGCCAGACUUUCCAAGGAAAAGAAAGCUCUUCAAGAAGCUCACCAGCAAACUCUUGAUGACCUCCAAGCUGAAGAGGACAAAGUGAACACAUUGACCAAAGCCAAGGCUAAGCUGGAGCAGCAAGUUGAUGAUCUUGAAGGCUCUCUGGAGCAAGAGAAGAAGUUGCGCAUGGACCUUGAAAGAAUCAAGAGGAAACUUGAGGGUGAUCUUAAAUUAGCUCAGGAGACCAUCAUGGACCUGGAAAAUGAAAGGCAACAACUGGAUGAGAAGCUGAAAAAGAAAGACUUUGAGAUGAGCCAGUUUGCCAGUAAAAUUGAGGACGAGCAGGCCCUCGGUGCCCAACUGCAAAAGAAGAUUAAAGAACUUCAGGCCCGCAUUGAGGAACUGGAAGAAGAAAUCGAGGCGGAGCGCACAGCUCGUGCCAAGGCUGAGAAACAACGUGCAGACCUUUCCCGGGAGCUCGAGGAGAUCAGCGAGCGCCUGGAGGAAGCCGGAGGGGCGACUUCUGCUCAGAUUGAGAUGAACAAGAAACGCGAUGCAGAGUACCAGAAGAUGAGAAGGGACCUGGAGGAGGCCACCUUGCAGCAUGAAGCCACUUCCGCAGCUCUCAGGAAGAAGCACGCUGACAGCGCUGCAGAACUCGGGGAACAAAUAGACAACCUUCAGAGGGUCAAACAGAAACUGGAAAAGGAGAAGAGUGAGCUGAAGAUGGAAAUUGAUGACCUCGCCAGCAACAUGGAGUCUGUCUCUAAAUCCAAAGCCAACUAUGAGAAGAUCUGCCGAACAUUGGAAGAUCAGCUGAGUGAGCUGAAGACAAAAGACGAGGAGCACCAGAGGCAGAUCAACGAUAUCAACAUCCAGAGGGCCCGUCUGCAAACUGAGAACGGUGAAUUUUCUCGACAACUGGAAGAAAAAGACGCUCUGAUCUCCCAGCUCUCUCGGGGCAAGCAGGCUUUCACCCAGCAGAUUGAGGAGCUGAAGAGGCAACUGGAGGAGGAGACAAAGGCCAAGAACGCACUGGCCCAUGGCUUACAGUCUUCCCGCCAUGACUGUGACCUUUUGAGGGAGCAGUAUGAAGAGGAGCAGGAGGCAAAAGCUGAGCUUCAACGCUCACUGUCUAAGGCCAAUGGUGAAGUCGCCCAAUGGAGGACAAAAUACGAAACUGAUGCCAUCCAGCGAACAGAGGAACUUGAGGAAGCCAAGAAGAAGCUUGCCCAGAGACUGCAGGAUGCUGAGGAGCACAUUGAGGCGGUGAAUUCCAAGUGUGCUUCCCUGGAAAAGACCAAACAGAGGCUUCAGAAUGAAGUUGAGGAUCUCAUGGUUGACGUGGAGAGAUCCAACGCUGCCUGCGCUGCCCUGGACAAGAAGCAGAAGAACUUUGAUAAGGUUUUGGCUGAGUGGAAGCAGAAAUACGAGGAGGCCCAAGCUGAACUGGAAGCUUCUCUGAAAGAAACCCGAUCACUGAGCACUGAGCUCUUCAAGAUGAAGAACGCCUAUGAAGAGUCCAUGGACCACCUUGAAACCAUCAAGCGGGAGAACAAAAAUCUGCAACACGAGAUUUCCGACCUCACUGAGCAAGUGUCAGAAAGUUCUAAGACUCUGCAUGAAGUGGAAAAGGCCAAGAAGCAAAUUGAGCAAGAGAAGAAUGAGAUCCAGACUGCUCUGGAGGAGGCAGAGGCAUCCCUUGAACACGAGGAAGGGAAGAUCCUCAGAAUCCAGCUGGAGCUCACACAAAUCAAAUCAGAAAUUGACAGGAAGAUUGCUGAGAAGGACGAAGAGAUUGACCAGUUGAAGAGGAACCACAUCCGGGUGGUGGAAUCCAUGCAGAGCACACUGGAUGCUGAAAUCAGAAGUAGGAAUGAUGCUCUGAGGUUGAAGAAGAAGAUGGAAGGAGAUUUAAAUGAAAUGGAAAUUCAGCUGAGCCAUGCCAACCGCCAAGCUGCCGAAUCUCAGAAGCAGCUGAGAAACGUCCAAGGAGUGCUUAAGGACGUCCAAAUCCAUUUGGAUGACUCCUUGAGGACAAAUGAAGAUCUGAAAGAGCAGUUGGCCUUGGUUGAGCGUAGGGCCAACCUCAUGCAGGCUGAGAUUGAAGAAAUCAGAACAGCUCUGGAGCAGACUGAGAGGAGCAGGAAGGUGGCCGAGCAAGAGUUGCUGGAUGCAAGUGAACGUGUCCAGCUUCUGCACACACAGAAUACAAGCUUAAUCAACACUAAGAAGAAGCUGGAUAGCGACAUCUCGCAGCUCCAGAGUGAGGUGGAGGAAGCUAUCCAGGAAGCUCGCAAUGCAGAAGAUAAGGCCAAGAAGGCCAUCACCGACGCUGCCAUGAUGGCUGAAGAGCUCAAGAAGGAGCAGGACACCAGCGCUCACCUGGAGAGGAUGAAGAAGAACCUGGACCAGACUGUGAAGGAUCUUCAACUUCGUCUGGAUGAAGCUGAACAACUGGCUCUUAAAGGAGGGAAAAAGCAGAUCCAGAAACUGGAGGCCAGGGUGAGAGAACUUGAAAAUGAAAUGGAUUCAGAACAGAAACGCAGCUCUGACGCAAUAAAAGGUGUCCGUAAAUAUGAGAGGCGGGUCAAGGAGCUCUCAUACCAGUCUGAAGAAGACAAGAAGAACAUUCUGAGGCUCCAAGACCUGGUGGACAAACUGCAACUGAAAGUCAAAGCCUACAAGAGACAGACUGAGGAAACUGAGGAGCAAUCCAAUGUUAACCUGUCCAAGUACCGCAAGAUCCAGCACGAGCUGGAGGAGGCAGAUGAGCGGGCCGACAUUGCAGAGUCCCAGGUCAACAAGCUUCGGGCUAAAACACGAGAGGUCACCAAGAUCACCAAGAGCGAGGAAUGAGGAGCAACUGAGCCACAAGGUGAACGAAGAACGGCACAUAAUGUGAAAUCUUUCUCACUUUGUCUUUAAAUUAUGUCGUCUUAAAUUUAUAGUGUUAAUAAACUGCAGACCUUUGAAA